UUAAAACCCUUGACUGGAGAUACCUUAACGAGAACAGGCAUUUUUCGCUCAGGCCUCAAAUGUAUUUUCCUUACCCUUACACGCAAUACUAUCCCCAGUCCACAUCGACAAUUAUGGCCCAACCGGGCGAAAUUCCUAUGAACCCUGUCCCGCCGGUCCCUCUUCCCCUCCCGGAAGUCUCAUCUACCGCCAAGCGCCGCCGCGAUGAGUUUGACGUUGCAGCGGCCCCCGCAGCAGGUGAAAUGGAAGGAUCAGCACCAAAACGGGCCAAAGCCCAAGAUGUUAUAUUUAGGAUAGUGGUGCCGUCGAGGCAGAUCGGGAAGGUUAUUGGCAAGGAGGGAUGUCGUAUUCAGAAGAUUCGAGAAGACACCAAAGCCACAAUUAAAAUUGCAGAUGCUAUCGCUCGACACGAAGAGCGCGUAAUAAUCAUCAGCUCCAAAGAGAGCGAUAUUGCCUUUUCCGAUGCCGAGAUUGCCCUCAAGCAAAUUGCCACUUUAAUCCUAAAGGAAGAUGAUAGUCCAGUGGAAGCAUCAAAAGUUGUUGCUCCAGGACAUGUGGCUGCGAACACUAUAAGGAUGUUAAUCGCAGGUUCGCAGGCAGGUUCUUUGAUAGGGAUAUCAGGCCAAAACAUUGAGAAAUUAAGGAAUUCAUCUGGUGCCACCAUUACAGUAUUGGCUCCGAAUCAGUUGCCUCUAUGUGCUUCUGCUCACGAAUCUGACCGAGUUGUGCAGAUAUCAGGAGAUGUACCUGUUGUGCUGAAGGCUAUAGAGGAAAUUGGUUGUCAACUCAGGGAAAACCCACCAAAACAAGUGAUUUCUAUCAGUCCAACAUACAACUAUGGUGCAGUUCGACCAACCCAACCAUAUGUUGACCCAACUUCAGCUGAUUAUGUAACCUUGGAGAUGAUGGUCUCGGAGACGUUGGUUGGUGGCUUGAUCGGUAGAUGUGGGUCCAACAUAUCAAGGAUCAGAAAUGAGUCUGGAGCAAUGAUCAAGGUUUAUGGUGGAAAAGGUGAACAAAAACAUAGACACAUACAAUUUGGUGGUACUGCUCAGCAGGUUGCUUUGGCAAAGCAGAGGGUAGACGAAUACAUUUAUUCUCAAUUGGUGCAAGCAGCUGGUGCUCAAGCUCAACAGUCAUUUUUGCAGAGAUGAUGAAGCUGGAAAUUAAGAGCUUUUAUGGAAAUUCACUGCCUUUGGCAACUUGCUCCCAAAACUAUUUCAUGAAUGUUGAUAUUAAUGAUGAGCCAUGUUGGUAGAUGAACUAUGCGUUUAGUUUUCUAGUUGCAAUGAUGUACAAGAUCUUUUAAUAUUUGGUGCUUAAUGAAGAAGAGUAUCCUAGUAUUUGUAA